AUGCGGCAACUGCUGUUGUCCUCGAUACUGUGGGUGACCGGUUGGUCACUGGUAAAACCAAAUUUGUACAAAUGGCUCGAACAAAAUAGCUAUAUAUGUGACCUGUCACUUUCUGGGAAUGCUCCACGAUUUUUGACGCCAGAAGAAGAAAAGGUGUUCAAGUGCGAGUGUGGAGAUCCGCUUGUCAGUCGUAAAGCAUGCUCUCGAAAGGGUGAUGAAUUACCGGCUUGUACUGAAAUUCCCGAUCUAUGCAUGAGGGAGUACAUAAUUCUCUUCAAGGAGACACCCGAUCGACUUUCGCAACCGUUCACAACUAGGAUCGUCAGCACGUCGUCGACCACUAUGAUACCAACGACGGUUCUGGUGACCACCACGAUUCGUCCAGUGCCGUCGUUUAGACCGCUUCUACAACGGCAAAAUGCAUUCACCCGACGUCCUCCAAGCAGAUUCUUGUUGAGAAGCAGAGCGCCUGGCCGUGGUUCUGGAAGGAGGCCAUCUUCAAAGCAGAAUACCUUCACUUUACAGGUAAGCUUAUCAUCAGCUAAUUAG